UUUUCGGGGCAUGUAUAGCGGCCUUGUUUACCGAUGAUUUGUUUAAUUGUUUUCAAAUUACUGCUUAUUUUUCACUGCGUACAUAAAAUGUUAAUUGUUAUUCUUUAGUUAGGAAAUUAGUCGUUAAUAAUCAACAGCAGGAUUUAUUGUUUAGAUAGAAAAUAACCGACUAAAACAAUAAUGAAUAGCAAGUACAGUAAGAGGGAUCACUCGAGCAGUGACAGUGACAGUGAAGAGGAGAGAAGAAGGAAGGAUAUUAAAGAACGAGAUGAAUUUUCCAAUCGUCUCAAAGCCAAAGAUGAAAGCAAAACUAAGAAAGUUGCUCUACCCGCAGGUUCCGGAGCUGCUGAGGCAGCAAAAAGGUUGAAGAUCAUGGAAGAUGAGUCAAAGGAUAAAUUAGUUCCAAAACUUCGUGUUGAGUCUAGGAGAAAGUAUUUGGAAAAGCGAAAGGAAGACAAAGUUGCAGAGUUAGAGGCUGAUAUUCGCGAUGAUGAAUAUCUGUUUGAAGAGGAGAUCUUGACUGAACGAGAAAAGAGAGAGAGAGCUCACAAAAAAGAACUUCUUCGAUUAGCAACAGAACAUGAAAAAGCAAGAGAGUUGGAAAGAGUUCAAAGGUAUCAUAUGCCAUUGGAUAAGAAAAGAUUAGAACCAGAACCAGAGUACAAUGAUCGGGAACCACCUCAAUUUGAGCAAAGUAAGUGGGAGUCAGAUCAAAUGUCAUCAGCAGUUUUCAAGUUUGGUGCUAAAAAUAAAAAAGUUCAAGAAGAGUAUGAUCUGCUACUGGAAGAUGAAGUGGAGUUUGUCAGAGCAAUUAGGAUUCCAGGAGAAGAUGAAAAAAAGUUAAAGGCUGUCAUAAAACCCGCUGAAAGCAAACUAACAACAAUUGAAGAAACACAAAGAAGUUUACCUAUCUAUCCUUUUAAAAAAGAUUUAAUUCAAGCUAUAAGAGAUCAUCAAGUAUUGAUCAUUCGAGGAGAGACAGGUUCUGGUAAAACUACUCAGAUCCCACAAUAUCUAUACCAAACAGGAUUUUGUAAUGAUGGAAAGAUGAUCGGUUGUACAUCGCCUCGUCGUGUUGCUGCAAUGAGCGUUGCAGCUCGUGUGGCUCACGAAAUGCGAGUUAAGCUAGGAAAUGAAGUUGGUUAUGCCAUUCGAUUUGAAGACUGUACUUCUCAUAGGACCCGAAUAAAGUACAUGACUGAUGGUACACUGCAUCGUGAGUUUCUUAGUGAACCCGAUUUAGCAUCUUACAGUGUUAUGAUCAUCGAUGAGGCUCAUGAACGUACGCUCCACACAGAUAUCCUGUUUGGCUUAGUCAAAGAUAUCGCACGCUUUCGACCUGACUUAAAACUUCUCAUUUCAUCUGCUACGCUAGAUACUACGAAAUUCAGUGAAUUCUUUGAUGGCGCACCAGUAUUCAAUAUUCCUGGUCGUCGAUAUCCCGUUGACAUUUUCUAUACAAAAGCUCCUGAAGCCGAUUACAUUGAUGCGGCAGUCGUGUCGAUUCUGCAAAUCCACGUCACACAGGAACUUGGUGAUGUUCUUGUAUUUUUAACUGGUCAAGAGGAAAUCGAGACGUGUUUUGAAAUGCUCCAGGAACGAGUUCGUAGAUUGGGUAGCAAAGUAAGAGAGAUGUUGAUUCUGCCGAUUUACGCUAAUUUACCCAGCGACAUGCAGGCCAAAAUCUUCAAUCCCACUCCUCCGGGUGCAAGGAAGGUGGUCUUAGCAACAAACAUUGCAGAAACAUCACUAACGAUUGACAACAUUAUCUACGUCAUUGACCCUGGUUUUGCUAAACAAAAUAACUUUAACUCGCGUACCGGUAUGGAGAGUCUCAUGGUCGUACCAAUCAGCAAAGCGUCGGCGGAUCAACGUGCAGGACGUGCGGGUCGCGUGGCACCUGGAAAAUGCUUUCGUCUGUACACCGCGUGGGCCUAUAAACACGAAAUGGAAGACAACACGGUACCUGAGAUUCAAAGAAUUAAUUUGGGUAAUGCAGUAUUGAUGUUGAAAGCAUUAGGCAUCAACGAUCUGGUACAUUUUGAUUUCUUGGACCCACCGCCACAUGAAACCCUCGUUCUUGCUUUAGAGCAGUUAUAUGCUCUUGGAGCAUUGAACCACCGUGGUGAGUUAACUAAAUUGGGCCGUCGAAUGGCUGAAUUUCCAGUCGAUCCGAUGAUGGCAAAAAUGCUCAUCGCUGGCGAGAAGUACAAAUGUUCCGAGGAAGUUGCUACUAUCGCAGCUAUGUUAUCAGUGAAUGGUGCGAUAUUCUAUCGGCCCAAGGAUAAAAUCAUUCACGCUGAUGCGGCAAGAAAAAAUUUCAACGUUCCUGGAGGUGAUCAUUUGGUCUUGCUAAAUGUCUACAAUCAAUGGCAACAAAGCGACUUCAGCGUUCAUUGGUGUUAUGAGAAUUUUAUUCAGCACAAGUCCAUGAAAAGAGCCAGAGAUGUUAGGGAACAAUUGGUUGGACUGAUGCAGCGUGUUGAAAUGGAAUUAGUGUCUGGUAUUACAGAAACUGCAAACAUUAGAAAAGCAAUUACAGCUGGUUAUUUUUAUCAUGUGGCUAGGCUGUCGAAGGGCGGUAAUUACAAAACUGCCAAGCAUAAUCAGCAAGUAUCUAUACAUCCAAAUAGUUCACUAUUUCAAGAACUGCCUCGGUGGGUACUGUAUCACGAGCUUGUCUUCACAACUAAAGAAUUCAUGCGACAGAUAAUCGAAAUCGAGUCGAAAUGGCUGCUUGAAGUUGCACCACAUUAUUACAAACCCAAAGAAUUAGAAGACUCGACGAACAAAAAAAUGCCUAAAGUUGUAGGCCGUUCUCGCCACGACGGGACCAAUUGAAUUGAAG